GUGGCAAUAUGAAGCUUUUAUUCAGCUGAGCAGAGGCUCCCCAUCAUCUCCAGUGUUCACCAACUCUGAGCGGCAUCAGUUUGAAAAAUUUUUUUUUUGUCUUCAAUGGAGCUUCAACUGUUUCUGCUGAUAUUAGUUGUCCCAGGAGUUUGGGGCUACGCGUCAGGUCUUGUUACAGGCAGUUGCUCUAACCUGCAGCCGUCACAUGGGCUGAACUCGCAGACAGGAUCGGCACCUUACACAGUUACUACGGAUCAAAACAGCUACGCACUUGGAGGUGAAGUCAAAGUGAAUCUCCAGGGUUCCACACCAUUUGAAGGUUUCCUGUUAGAGGCUAGAGAACAAGGUGGAUCAACUCCAGUUGGUUCUUUUGUUGUGUCAACAAGUACUGCUCAGCUCUUGAGCUGCAACCAAAAAUCAAACUCUGCUGUAUCGCACACAUCAAAGUCUCAAAAGACUAGCAUCCAGGUGACAUGGAAACCAGACGCAUCAACGAACGUCAAAUCCAUUCAAUUCCAUGCAACCUUUGUGAAGAAUUUCCAGACUUUCUGGGUUGACUUGACAAGUCCUGUUCUGACACUUACAAGUAGCAGUUCUUCUGGAUCUGUACCUGCCCAAACCACCAGCUUUAAAACUACAAAUAGCAUUUCCAGCGCAAACUGUGGCACCACCAAAGUGUGCUUCAGUCAGCCAUCAGGAUGUGAUCCAUCACUCACUUCUAACUGCUUCUUCAUGUCGGCCAUGUCUUCUGGUUCUGCCCUCACUUAUGAAUUGACAGGUUCUUCUAAUGGAUACGUCGCUUUUGGAUUCUCAGAUGAUCAACAAAUGGGAAACGAUGAUAUUUAUAUUUGUGGUCUAAACGGUAAUGGAGCAGUGUCAGUUCAACAUGCCUACUCAACAGGACACUCAGCUCCACAAAUUCUACCUCUGGGGAACGUUUCUAAUGUAAUCGCAUCAACACAGAACGGGGUACUCAGCUGCACCUUCACAUCCAUGAAUACUAUUUCAACACAAAGAAGUUCUGGCACCAACCAAAUGUACUACAUUUUGUUUGCCUAUGGACCCAGCAGUAAUGGAAACAUCCAGAUGCAUACAAAUACUUUCUCCAGCUCUACAAAGGUAGAUAUUUCCCAACCUCAGGUUCUGCAAAGUGAGGAUUUUCCACAAAUCAUGCAAGCACAUGCAUCCCUGAUGUUGAUAGCCUGGAUGACCACAAGCUCACUGGGAAUGAUGGUAGCCCGAUAUUUGAAAAGAAUGGCCAAAGGAAAGAAGCUAUGUGGCAAAGAUAUCUGGUUUGUGAUCCAUGUUACAGUUAUGAGUCUCACAGUUGUAGCGACGGCCAUUGCUUUCAUCCUCGCUUUCUCUUAUGUUGGAGGUUGGGCUGGGGGACCCCAUCCUGUGUUAGGCUGUCUGGUCAUGAUUUUAACAGUGAUCCAGCCCAUACUGGCUCUGCUACGCUGUGGACCACAACAUCCACGGCGGUAUAUAUUCAACUUGUCACAUGCUUUCAUUGGAAUUGCAGCAAAAGGCUUAGGUGUGGCAGCCAUAUUCACAGGCCUGAGUAUAAUUGACAACACUACGAACUCCUGGCUGAUGAGCGUGAUGGGCGGUUUUGUGGCGUGGGAAGCUAUUUUCUACACACUGUUGGAGCUCUUCAGUAGAUGGAAGAAAAAUAAACCAGAUGCUGCUACUUCUUCACGGGAAUCAAAACGAGUCCGUAUUGACAGUCUUCUGGUGGCCAUUUACUUUCUUGGAAACAUUUGCUUUUUGGUUGCUCUACUGAGUGGAAUUGGGACGUCAUAAGCUAACUCUUUAAAUCCUAGGGGAGCAUCGGCGAGCCCAUUUAAAUACCUAUUUGUAAAGACCAGUAGAAUUCUAUAUAUUAUUACAAUUUGGAAUUUAAGGUUUUUAUUGAUGCAUAAAAUAUUGAAAUAGCUUUAAAAAAACACUAUAGCAUGUAAAAAUGUAAAAACAAGCUCAGGUUUUUUAAUUGUAGGACCAAGGCCCCAAAGAUUUAUAUUGAUGAACAUAUAUAGUAGUGUGUAGAAAAAGCAGAGUGGUAUUAUUUUAUUAAUUAGCUUUUUUUUUGUUUGAAAAAAAUUUAUAACUCAUUUAGCAAUCCAUAUUGUGGUUAGCCAUUUUUUAAACAAAGUACACAAUGCUGUGCUUCAUCAUCAAUAAUCAUUGGAGCUCUGGCACAGCGGAAGAAAUGGCACACCACCGCAGUGUCUGCUGUAUGUCUGUAUCUGUUCAUUUUAAACAAGUUUGAGAUGUAUACAAAUGUAUAAUGACAAUUUUAUUUUAGUACAAUAUUGGUGCAUCCCAGAGAGACAGUGUGAGCUGCAAAGGAUGCUGGAUAACCUUGUGGCAAUUAUGUGUGUGAUAUUUAUGACUGUUUACAAUGUUUAAGAGUGUGGAAAUGGACGGUUCUGGUUAAUAUUAUCUUCAGGUCUCUGUUAUUAGUUGUAAACUGACACAAUGAGUCAGAGGUUGUUCCUGGUAUGUGUAAGGUUUCCACAGCGUCACACUUGUGAUUGGGAAACUGUCAGUUUCAGCCAACGGCAGAAGACUACUGGAGAGUUCACCAGGAAAGAAUGUGGACACUAAAGCGAAUGUGUGUGCUUAAAGUGCCUGUGACAUGUAUAUCAUUCCAAUACAAAAGUAAAAAACAUCUUUAUAUUUAACAAAAUUGAUACAAAACACGUUUUACCCAUUUUGUCACCUGACAUAUUUUACAGUCUGCUUUUAGUUGUAGCAACGCUCUGUUCACAUGCAGACAUUCCUAUUUGAUGUCACUUCCUGUUACUUCACAUGACAAUAUC